AUGUCGUCUAUAGAACAGCCUUGCUACACUUUGAUCAACAUAUCUAGUGAUUAUGAAAUGCCAAACGAAAUGCAACUCAAGGCAGAUCUUGAAAAAGGUGAUAGCAAAACAAAAAUUGAAGCAUUAAAAAAAGUCAUUCAUAUGAUAGCCAAUGGAGAACGUUUGCCAGGGCUGUUGAUGAUAAUAAUCCGUUUCGUCCUUCCGUUACAAGACCAUACAAUCAAAAAACUACUUUUAAUAUUUUGGGAAAUAGUACCGAAAACUACAGCAGAUGGUAAACUAUUACAAGAAAUGAUAUUGGUCUGUGAUGCGUAUCGUAAGGAUUUACAACAUCCAAACGAAUACUUAAGAGGGUCGACUCUUCGAUUCUUGUGUAAAUUAAAAGAACCAGAGUUAUUAGAACCAUUGAUGCCAACUAUACGAGCAUGUCUUGAACACCGUCAUUCCUAUGUAAGACGUAAUGCUGUACUAGCAAUAUUCACUAUUUACAGGAAUUUCGAAUUUUUGAUACCGGAUGCUCCUGAACUUAUUGCUAAUUUUCUUGAUGGGGAGCAAGACAUGUCUUGCAAACGUAAUGCUUUUAUGAUGUUGUUACACGCUGACCAAGAUAGAGCACUUACAUAUCUGGCUUCUUGUCUAGAUCAAGUAGCUUCUUUUGGUGACAUUUUGCAACUUGUUAUUGUAGAACUCAUUUAUAAAGUAUGUCAUGCAAAUCCUUCAGAACGAUCCCGUUUUAUACGUUGUAUUUACAAUUUACUAAAUUCUAGUAGCCCAGCCGUUCGUUAUGAAGCUGCUGGAACAUUGGUCACCUUGUCAAAUGCACCUACUGCCGUGAAGGCAGCUGCUUCCUGUUAUAUUGAGUUAAUUGUAAAAGAAAGUGAUAACAAUGUAAAACUUAUUGUUUUGGACCGUUUAAUUGCUCUUAAAGAACACCCUUCACACGAAAGAGUGCUUCAGGACUUGGUCAUGGAUAUACUGAGAGUAUUAUCUAGCACCGAUUUGGAAGUUAGAAAGAAAACAUUGAAUUUGGCUAUGGAUUUGGUAUCAUCUCGUAAUAUUGAAGAAAUGGUGUUUGUACUCAAAAACGAAGUGGAAAAGACUCAUAAUUUAGCUGAACAUGAAGAUACUGGAAAAUAUAGACAAUUGCUUGUGCGCACACUGCAUACAUGCUCAAUUAAGUUUCCAGAUAUAGCUGCAACAGUGAUCCCCGUACUCAUUGAAUUCUUGUCUGAUAGUAUAGAAUUGGCUGCCACGGAUGUUAUGGUAUUUUUGCGUGAAGCUAUUUACCUCUUUGAAUCAUUACGUCCUCUCAUAAUUCAGCGUCUGUUAGAAGUUUUCCAAUCUAUUAAGUCUGCCAAUGUGCACAGAGCUGCAUUAUGGAUACUUGGCGAAUUUGCCAACUCACAAGAAGAUAUUGAAGCAACAAUUGAACAAAUAAAAAUAUCACUUGGAGACAUGCCUUUAGUUGAAGAUGAGUUGAAGAAAGCAGCUGGAGAUUCAGAAAACGUUGAAGAAUUUGGGUCUAGUGGUUCACAGUUGGUAACAUCUGAUGGAACAUAUGCUACUCAAUCAGCAUUUAUUACAAAUACUCCUCGAAGUGGUCAGGCAAAACGGCCACCAUUACGUCAGUAUCUAAUUGAUGGAGAUUUUUACGUUGGUGCUGCAUUAGGCACUACAUUCACUAAAUUGGGCAUAAGAUAUGCUGACAUUUGGGAAGAACAAGAUUCAAUAAAGGCUAAUCAAUUUUGUGUUAAAUUAAUGUUAAUUUUAACUUAUAUUUUGAAGCUUGGAAAAUCAGGAAUUUGUUCUAAACCAAUUGGCAUUGAUGAUGGAGACAAAAUUAUGGAAAGUAUUAAAAUAUUAAAUGAUAGAGAUAGCGAAAUUGAAGAAAUUUAUACUAAAGAGUGCAGCAAAUCAUUAAAUGGAAUGUUGGCUGCUAAAGAAGAUGAAGAAAGCAGCAACAAGAAAGCUAAAGAGAAGCCAGGACAUAAAGUGAAUGUUGAUGAUGCCAUUGUAUUCUUACGUACCAGUAGUAACGGCACAGAAGGUACAGAAAAUGUUUUCGAACUCAGUUUAAACCAAGCCGUUGCUGGUGGUGGUUCUAUUCAUCAUAGUAGUGGUGAUGGUGCAUCGGGACUUUCUACCAAUAGCAAACUUAAUAAAGUUACACAACUGACUGGAUUUUCUGAUCCAGUGUAUGCUGAGGCUUAUGUUCAUGUCAAUCAGUAUGAUAUCGUUUUAGAUGUAUUGAUUGUUAAUCAAACAGGUGAUACAUUACAAAAUUGCACGCUCGAGUUGGCCACAAUGGGAGAUCUGAAGUUGGUUGAAAAACCACAACCUGUUGUUUUGGCUCCUCACGAUUUCUGUAAUAUCAAAGCAAGUGUUAAAGUUGCCUCUACUGAAAAUGGCAUAAUCUUUGGAAACAUUGUGUAUGAUAUCGGAGGUGCAAUUGGUGAUCGGAAUGUGGUUGUGUUAGAUGACAUCCGUAUAGACAUAAUGGACUACAUAAUGCCUGCUGUAUGUAACGACUCUGAGUUCCGUCAAAUGUGGACUGAAUUUGAGUGGGAGAACAAAGUUUCUGUUUCCACCAGUUUGACAGAUCUUAAUGAAUAUUUGGCACAUUUAUUGAAGAGCACUAACAUGAAAUGUUUAACUCCAGAAAAAGCAUUAUCUGGACAGUGUGGAUUUAUGGCAGCAAAUUUAUAUGCGAGAUCAAUAUUCGGCGAAGAUGCUCUGGCAAAUUUAAGUAUUGAAAAGGGAUUAGAUAAGCCACAAGUCAUUGGUCAUAUUAGAAUUCGGGCUAAAAGUCAGGGAAUGGCACUCAGUCUUGGUGACAAAAUCAACAUGAUGCAAAAGCGACCAUACAAAGCAGUUGCGGCCUAA